UUGAAGUGUGAUCAAUAAACAUUCAGAAGUAUCAUCACAGGUGAAUUUCAAUUGCCAGGUUAAAGGGGCUUAAGGAUCUUCAAAGCGCACCUUCAAAAGUUAACAUCCUUUGACUUCCAGCUUCACAAAGAGUCGUUAAUGGACCAAUAUUAAAUACAUUAAUAAGUCGGUUAAAACGACACAUGGGGUACAAAUACAAGUCCUCAGCUCCAUGCCAUUAUUAAGAGAGCAAGAGAAGAGACACAGUCGCAGCAGUUUCUGGAGGCCCUUACUUGAACAUGGCAACUCAGAAAUUUUCAAACUUCUCCAUCGAUUACAUCCUGGGAGACGCCAGCAGACAAACAGCGGAAUCACCGGGACUCGACCUUCCAGCAUCUCCUCAGGAGUUUCCGGGGCACCUGACCAAACCGGACCUGCUCUACCAGGAUGGCUCUAGAGGUCAUGGUGACCGCGCAGCGCUGAUGCUCAACUUUCCUUCAUGGAAUCAAGGAACGUACAGCUGCUGUGUUCCGGUCUCCUAUUAUCAACCGCCUUGUAAUCCACACUACUACGCGGCUCAGCCGUGGCCUUACGCUGUGCCAGGUUGUGACACAGCUGAGAACCACUGCCACCAAACCGUGGCUCAGAGACAGCGCAGUCGAAUCCGGACGGUUUUCACCGAGCACCAGACGGAGACGCUCGAGCGGCUCUUCGCAGCCACCGACUAUCCGAGCUCCGAAACCCGCGCGGAGUUAGCUAAAAACACCGGCCUCAGCGAGGAGACUGUGCGGGUCUGGUUCAAGAAUCGACGUGCACGUAGAAAGAGACAGACCACGUGCCCAAAAAGCGCGAGGAGCGCUCCAGAGGAUCAUCCCGAAUCAGAUUAA